AUGGGUGCCGGGUGCUCCGCACAGUACCGACCUGCGGGAAACCUAGUCCUCUCCCUUGCCGGACCUGUGGACCUGGUCGACCUCGCGGGCUUGCGGGCAUUCGGACCUGACGCACCCCCCGACAUUCAGAAAAAGUCAUCUCUACCCUCCCUCUCGACGACCGCACGGAUCGCCAACUCCCCUACGCCUCUCGGCUUCAUCCCUUCCGCCUCGUCGUCAACUACCUCCCUCCACUCCCAUUCGAGCCACCAGAACACGAUCAAGCCAGUCUCUAUCCUCCGCAAACCUUCCCUCCCAACACUCCCCUCCGAGUCCCUGCUGUCGCCGGCGCCAAAGUCCGCCCCUAUCGGCCACUCGACCCAUGUCCCGUGGACUCCGACGCCCAUCUCUCACAGUCACAACAACAACAAGACCAGCGGCGACAACGGCAGCAUGGCGUUAACCGCGAGCAGCUUUGCUUUCCCUCCCCUCCCGCCACUACCGCCCUUCCCCCUCGACUCCAGCAGCAACUAUGAGAGCUCGAACCGCAGGUCCGCUCCGGCAGCCACCACGACGUUUGUCGCCGCCUCGGGCGGUCAGCGGCUACGAACCAGGCGGUCCCGGGUGUCCUUCCGCGAGCAAGUCGACGUCUCCGGCGAUGGCGAAGCCUCGCGGCCCCGCUCAACAGUCAGCGUCGCUUCGUCUGCGUCUGCACCGGUACGACGGGGAUCGCGCGGCGACGAUGUUGCCGCCCGCAAGGCUACCACUCCGACGUCCGCGUAUUCCAAGCUGUCCAGUGCGUCCGUGUCCUCGACUGCGCCACGGCCCAAGUUGAAACGCGUCGCGUCUUCGACAGCUGUCUUACCCCCGUCGUCCCGAGCGCUGUCGACCGACGACUUUGACGCCUUCCGGCCCCAGACGCUGCGGUAUCCGAAGAUGCCGUCGGCGCUCGCUCGACUCAGCGAUACGUCUGUCCCACCGCCAGCACCGAACACAUGGUCGACGAGUCGCAAGGUGACUGCGCCUGCACGAACGAGCGUGCCUCUUCCCCUCUCGACGACCAAAGAGCACCAUGUGGCGCCCAGUGGUCACUUUGUGUCCGAGUUUGGCCAGGUCGACGUGCCCUCAAGGCGCGAGCGCACCGUUUCGCAAAUCUCCCAGACCUCGUCGCGCAAGGGUAGCGGCAAGACGAGGUCCCCGAUCCCUUCCUGGAGCUCGACGUGCCCAUCGCUCAUCAACGCCCACCGUGCAUCGAUCGCCUCCACCUUGACGGCGCCCUCAAUGACAUCGCUGCUGCUGUCGCCUCAGUCACCACACGAGGUGUACCUCCCUAGCAAGGACGAGCAGCAAGCAUUCGAGGACCAUCUCGCCACACCGUGGGGUGUGGACAGCGGCAUGCAUGACUCGGACGUGCCCGAGAUGGAUGCGUUGAAGGAGAAGCGAGUGCGGGAAGCUGAUUUGUCUGCCACAGACAGCAGCGUGACAGAACCCGUAAAGCCCCGCGUCCCAUCCCGCAGACACCGACAAUCCGAGCCGUUACAGCACGCCCCUACGUCCUUCAACGCACCACCAUUACCGACACCCCGUGCGGCCGAGCGUCUCCUUCGCCUCCAGAACUCUCUCGCCGAUCUGCGAAUGCAACGCAGCAUGACGCGGUCUCCCGAACCGGAAGAGGAGAGGACGACACCCCGCUUACGAGCCCGCCCAUCACUCGGAGCGAUCCAUACGACGCCAGCCCGGAUUCCCUCACCGCCGUCGCCCACGUUCGGCGACCUCGUGCGCUCGGCCCCCCGCAGCGCCCCUGGAUCGCUGAAGGGCCGUGCUGCGCGUCGCCCGACAUUCGGCCUGUCCGACGAUGAGAGCGACCUCGACCUGACGCCUGACGCUGCCGCCUCUGAACGCCGCUCUGCGCUCGCACGUCAUCCCCUCGUCCUCUCGCCUGCUCGUGACCAAGACGCGAACCCGCGGUCUGAGCCAGGGCGGGCUCGACGAGGCCCCCUCGAAUAG